GAGGGAGGAGCGUUCAAUUAAAGAAGAAAGAACACUUCUGUCUGACUGGUGAUGGUUUAGUAGGGCUUGCUGGUAGUAUCGUAAAGUAACUUUACCAGUAUAGUAACUGUGAUAGUAAAGUAACUUUAACAGUAUAGUAACUGUGAUAGUAAAGUAACUUCAACAGUAUAGUAACUGUGAUAAAGUAACUUUAACAGUACAUUAACUGUGGUAGUAAAGUAACUUUAACAGUAUAGUAACUGAGGAGUAACUCUUCAGAAUGAAGAUACUUCGUGUUGUCUCCUGCUGUCUCCUCUCAGAUUCUCCUCCAUUGGACUCUCCAAGUACAGCACAUAGUCAGAGUGCUGGUCUGAUGGUGUGGACCAGUGCUGGUCUGGUAGUCAUGGUGACAGUGUUAGGACUGGUCCUGCUCCUGUUCUACAGACAGAGGAGAGGAACCAGGAGAACACCACCACCACCAGUCUCCUCCAACAUUCAACCUGACCGUACUGGAGAGGUUGACUGUAUAUAUGAGGAUAUCAGAAAGGCAGACAGACAUACAGACACACUCCCUGUGGUCAUCUCUUCAGUCUACUCUACUGUCAACUCACUUACCAACUCUACAAUCUACCCUGCUUGCCAAGACCCGACAACCUACACUGCUGACCAGGCCUCUACAACCCACCCUGCUGACGAAGCCACCGGUCUCCCACACUGUGACAUCUAUGCUAACACUAGCUGCUGCAAAGAUGAUAUAAGAUGCACUCCACUCUACAGCCCAGCUACCCAGAAUAAUGGAGGACUAUAGGAUCUACAGUACACAUAAUAUAUGUUGGACACCAGGAAGAGAAGCUGCUGCUUUUGCAACAGCUACUGGGGAUCCUAAUAAAAUACCAAAAUACCAAAAAUACAAGGCAUGGUUCCCAAAUGGCUCCCUAUUCCAUAUAGAGUGCACUACUUUUAACUAGAGCCCUAUAUAGUCCUCUAAUGGGAAUAGGGUGCCACUUGGGACUCAGAGAAUCUCCCCGUAGAGAGAUGAAGAGUUGUCACCACUGCUCCGCCAUCUUGGAAGUGACAUUACAAAGACAGCUCAUGUGAUUUGAUUGUAUGUACAAGAUGGACUACCCAUCUGGGUUUAAAAUCUCUCGAUUUUCUGAAAAUCAGCCAACAUUAUUGUAAAUAUUUGUGUAAAUAUGAACUAUGUGUUUUGUCAUAUCAUCUUGGGUUCAUUUUGUCUGUUAUAAUAAUGAAGACAGUAAUAACAUAAUAGUCAGUUGUACCUGUGAGUCUUACAUAUAUAUUGUAUAUGUACAUCAACUGUCUUUUAAAGCAUUUCAUUAAAACUCAUCUAAAU